AUGUUAGAUGCUGUUAAAUGUUAUGAUUGUUAUGGUACUGGACCAACAAAUGUUAAUUGUACAAAAGAAUUUACAUGUAAUGGUGCUGCUUGCCUAAUUUAUGAAGCAGGUGAUAAUAUUACAACUACAGCAUUUUGUCUACUUAGUUUAGAGGGAAUCCACAACUUAAAAGAUGGUUGUUGGUUGGAGGCUGAUGGAAAAGGAAAACAUUGUAUAUGUAGGGAAAAUUUUUGCAAUAAAUUAAGAGAUAGAACAAAAACAUUUUCAAAUGAUCCAUUUGCUACACCAUUACCAAAUAUGGAAUUUCUUAAACAUAAUCCUUUACUUGAUUAUGAUGAAAUUGAAGUUAAUAUAGAAGAUGGAAAAAUACCAUCAUCACUAAAUAGUGAUAAACAUAAAUAUAAAACACAUAUACUUAAUAAAGUAAAAAGUUUAGAUGAAAAAUAUGAUAAAGAUAUUGAUUAUUUAAAUGAUGAUGAUCUCGUACCAAUAGACUUUAAAGAUUAUCAUGAAAUGAUGCAAAUAAAAUAUAAUUCACCAAUAAAUAAUAAUAAAGUUAUGGAUAUUAAAGAAAUUCCCUCAACAACAUCUAAAAUUGAAAUACAAAAUAUUAUUAAUGAAAUUGAGGAUUUAAAAUUACCAUUAGAAGAUGGUUCUGAUAUGGCUCCUGAUGAAAAUAUUAUUGAUGUAGAAGAAGACCUUCUUGGUAUACGCAUGAGUGAUUCUCAAAAUAUUUCAAACAAACAAUUGAGUAAUACAAAAGAAAAUAAUAAAAUUAUUGAUAAUGUUAUUGCCCAAGGAUCAUUACAUGGUGAAUUAAUGAAUUCUUCCUACUACAAAAAAAUGUCUUGUAUUUCAUAUUUUAUAUUUUCAAUAACAAUUAUUAUCUAUACCAUGAAUAUUUAA